UGGGCAAAACAGUAAGGUUGCGUUUCUCAUGCCAUAGCGUGGUUGUGUAGGGACCAUCCGGAUUCAAUUCCGCUCCAUUCUUUCAUUCUGUCCGGUGUUGUGCUCCAGUGCAGUAGUGUGGACAAUUGCUCGCGAUUCAUCAGUUCGCUUGUCGGAUCAAUCAUUGAGUACUCCGAGAAUUAUCAAAGUGGCAUUGAAAGGAAUAGUGUCGAUCUCAAAGCACUUCAAAAGUGGAUAACAAGGGUGGUGUGUUUGUGUUGUUGGUGCAACAUUGUGCAGCUGCCAAAGGAUUUCGACUUGAGCCUUAAAGGAGCUUCCUGUAAGACUGUAGUUCAGCGAGUUUAUCGAAUCUUUUUCCCGCGGUGCGAUCGUACAGUUAAAAACCGGGCGUAUAUGUGUGAUCAGGCUAAACCUCGGAAGAAAAAGGAAAAGUUCCAGUAUAACAAAUCGAUCAUGGCAGCUACUAGUGUUGUAGUCCUGGAUCGAGGCAAUAAUACGACCUGCACCAUUAAUUUACAUGGUGCAACGGUGGUAUCCUGGCGCGUCAACAACCAAGAGCAGCUAUUUGUGAGCAAAUUGGCAGUAUUUGACGGGAAAAAAGCAAUCCGAGGAGGCAUACCAUUUGUUUUCCCACAAUUCGGCCCAUGGAACUUUGGACCCCAGCAUGGUUUCGCCAGAGUGGUACGAUGGACACUGGAGCGAGCCCCUGAACGCUUACCAAGUGGGGAUGUCGAAGCAGUCUUCAGUCUAAUGGAUAAUGAAAUCACUCGGUCUAUGUGGAACUAUCCAUUUCGCAUCACCUAUCGAUUAAUUCUUCGGGAGAAGGAGCUUCAUUUCCACAUCGGAGUGUACAAUCCUAGCAAAGACUUAACAUUCUCCUUCAAUUUACUACUGCACACAUACUUAAAAGUUCCGGAUGUGCGGCGUUGUCAAAUCACCGGAUUGCACGGAUGUACUUUCAUAGAUAAGACUCGGGAUGGUGCUAUUUACCAGGAAGGCCGUGAUGUAGUGACAAUCAAUGAAUGGACAGAUAGAAUCUACCAGCAUACACCGCAGGAACACAUCAUCACCAAUGUAGUUUCUGGACGAAAAAUGCGGUUGCAGAAGUACAAUUUCCCAGACACUGUUGUAUGGAAUCCUUGGAUAGAUAAAGCCCGCGAGUGCCAAGACUUCGGCGAUGAUGAAUAUCCGAACAUGAUAUGCGUUGAAGCUGGCCACGUAUCAACCCCAGUGAUUCUGUUACCCGGUACCGCGUUUGAAGCGAGCCAAAUUCUUCAGGUCAUGUGAGUAGAAACCCAGGGAGGUACUGUCACCCGCAGUAAAGGUUCCUCCCGAGCAAAAUCCAAGAAAAAUCAGCAGCAACAGCAAAGUCAACAACAGAAUCAAAAUCAAAAUAACGCCCCAAAUCAAAGCGCU